AUGCCGAAUAGUUGCUGUGCAAUUGUUUGCAGUAAGCGACGAGGAGACAACCCUGGGUUGUGCUUUCACAGAAUCCCGCAAAAAGAAAGCCUGGAGAGCCGAAGACUGUGGAUAUGCACUAUUAGACGUGCCUCCGUCCCUGGGGAGGGCAAAGAAUGGAAACCGUCCAAGUACACACGUCUUUGCAGUGAAGAUUUCAUCAAAGGUACCAAAUCUGAUGACCCGUUGUCCCCCUGCUGGGUUCCAUCUGUGUUCUCGCACACACCAGCCACCAAGAAGAGGAAAAGGGAGAAAGACAUGGAAAGAUAUGAGCAGCACAGCAGAAUGCAGAAAAAGAGGGUGGACGAGAAAAGGAAGCUAGAUGCAGUGGAUGUCCUCCUAGAAUUGUCAUCAGUGCCACUGCCAGACAUUGAGCCAGAGCCCCCUGUUGAGGCUGAACAGUGUGACAACAAACCAUGCAAAGAGAACAUUGCAAGAUUACAGAGGGAAUGCAAUUACCUCAGGGAGGAAAACCAUCAGCUGAAGGACAUUACUAAAUCAGGAACAUUUGAUGAACUGGCUUUUGAAAAAGAUGAUGGAAAAGUGAAGACUGCAAAGUCACAGUAG